AUGCACCAAAACGCAUCACCUAAUUUCUCCAUUUUGGGAAAAACCUUGAAAGUAAAGGGUCCAUUUUGUAUUAUGCAGGGUCGAGAGUUGUAUUUUGGCCCCGCAGUAUUUUGUUUGAAGAACGAACUGAACAGGCAUUAUGAGAUACAGUUUUUUUACCAUUGCGGUGCAAAAGUAUUGCCUUUUGCACCUAUUCUGGUAACCAAAUCUGCGAGUUGUCUAAAGAGGAUAUGUACGGUAACGAAUGUGGCGCCUCGAGGUCGAGAAAGUCAAGAUUUCGCAGCCGGUAAUCGCCGUAUCUCAGAGCAUAUACAAAACUUGAUAUCCAGCAUAAGAUUCUCUUUCACUUCUUCCGUUUUACUUGCUACGCACGCUGCUGCAGCCACCUUCUACGCGAGCAACUCCACAACUGCACUUGAAGAGUUAUCACUCAGCGGUGCAUAUGGCUGGUCAAGCCCUCAAUUUGCCCCAAUCCUUCACACUUGCAAUGAGACUUACACUAGAAUAAUUAAUGCUCAUCUACAAGAUUCGUUGGAGGCGGCUGCCUUCGCCAGAAACCGUCUGAUGGAGUACGGUAAAGAUGACGAAAUCUUUAUGAGAUGGUUCGGUGACGGAAGCAUCUACGAGGUCAUCGGUCUGCUCGACUAUCUUGUUGAAGCGAACAAGGAUCACAUCAGCUGGCGUUGCGAUGACAUCUCCGACAAGUGUGAUCCUAACCCUACCUGGGGAGGGUACAGUUAUGAAGAGUCUCAAAACGUACUUUGCCCAUACUUUUUCCAGGAAAGAGUUGCUCUCUCAAAAAUGUGCUUCGAUGGCACAAUUGUUGAGACUACUCCAAAGCACUAUGGUGGAAUUGACAUGCUGCACCGGUACCUCCAUCUUCCUGCUAUGAACACGGAGUAUAUCCAAGAGUACUAUGAGGAGAUCGACGAAAUCUUAGACUUGGCGCAGAAUAAUGCCACCUUUGCCACCAGAAAUGUUGACAGUUACCUGUACUACAUUGCGGAGGUCUAUGCCGAAUCUGUGGUUCCAGGCGGAUGUCUCGGAGAUUUGUAG